CAGGCGGGUCCAUUUCGCCUCCUCACGCGCUCGGAUACUCCGCUGCCUUCAGUCGGAGAACAACAGAGAUCCAUGACGGUGGCUGCCGGCGUCGUCCUUAAGGGUCUGCUGCGGAGGCAUCUGUCCGUCCAGACGGCUUCCUGCCGCAGUUUUAGGAUCAUGUCGCCACAGCAGCAGGAGAAGCGGAGUUCUGUGGACAGCUAUGAGACCCUGAAGCUGGAGCGGGUGCGAGAGAAAGUGUUGCAUGUGGAGCUCAACCGACCGGAGAAAAGGAACGCCAUGAAUGCCGCCUUCUGGAGAGAGAUGGUCGAGUGCUUCAACAAAGUCGCUCAAGACUCAGAAUGUCAUACGGUGGUGAUAUCUGGUGCCGGGAAAACAUUCACUUCAGGCAUUGAUCUGAUGGAAAUGGGCAGCGAGAUCCUGAUGGCACAGGGAGAUGACAUGGCGAGGAAGGCUUGGAACCUGCGCAGGAAGAUCCGGGGGUAUCAAGAAACCUUCACCGUGCUGGAGAAGUGCCCAAAACCCGUCGUUGUGGCCGUCCACGGAGCCUGCGUCGGAGCAGGUGUGGAUCUCAUCUCGGCCUGCGAUAUCCGCUACUGCACCCAGGACGCCUGGUUCCAGGUGAAGGAAGUGGACAUUGGUCUGGCGGCCGACGUUGGCACGCUGCAACGGUUGCCGCGCAUCAUUGGAAAUCAGAGCCUGGUGAAUGAGCUGGCUUUUACUGCCAGGAAACUGAUGGCGCCAGAAGCUGAGAACAGCGGCCUAGUCAGCCGUGUGUUCCAAGACAAGGAAGCCAUGAUGCAGAGCGUCUUCGACUUGGCUUCUGAGAUUGCCAGCAAGAGCCCGGUUGCAGUGCAAGGCACCAAGGUCAAUCUGGUCUACUCCAGGGACCAUCCAGUGUCUGAAGGCCUGAAGUAUAUGGCCACCUGGAACAUGAGUAUGCUGCAGACGGAGGACCUCGUCAAGUCCGCCCAAGCCGCCCUGGAGAAGAAGACUCCCAAACAGGUCACCUACUCCAAGCUGUAGCAGCACUGCCUGGCUUUGGGAGGCAGCCAAGGCCCUGCAGAAGCGAGCAGGGUCAGCCUGCUGCUUCGCGUGGGGCUUCGACUGGGCUCCGGGCCCCUGCGAGAGGAUGGGGGUCGCGUGCCUUUGAACAGUGGCCGAGCCACGCGUGCCUUUGAAGCCAAUGGACUGCAUGGGGGGAGGGGGGCUGUGGCGCCUCCUUCGCAUUAGGGCAAGGUGGGAGAGGCCAAGCGUCUACGAAACCGGUGCUUCUUCCAAAUGUGAACGUUAGCAGUCGAAUAAAAACAAAUGCUAAACCCGCUCAGCACUCUGUGAAAAGGAGAGAUCAUUUUGACAAAGAUUAAAGACUGCUUUUAUUGUGCUCUAAAA